AUGCUAUCCGUACAAAAGAGUAUCUUCCGUCCGUGGGAUGUUAGUGAUAAGAACGAAAAAGAAGUCGAAAAGAAGAGGAGGUUCGACGAAAAACGAGAGAACCGAUUGAGAAAAAUUCGUGGAACCUUUAAAAAAUCUGAAAAUCUACACCAAGAUGCUACAGUGUCUACUACGACGGAUCUAGAUGAAAAAUUCGAAAAAACUCAAAUACCAGAUUCACCUGUUGCUAGUCUGUCCCAAUGCUGCGAUAGACUGCUGAAAGAACCGGAAAAAGUUAAGAAGGAAGCGAAAGAACCUGAAAGUAAAGAAAUAAAGCCUGUGACCGAAGUACCGCUUGGAAAUCCGCAUGCGCUACCUCACUUGUACAGCCAUGGGUAUAUUCCAGACUACAUAUCAACGGAUAUAGCACAAUCGUUAGGAGUUCCAGCGACCGAUCCACUCCUUCUAGAAUCCAUAGCUCAGGGGUACGCCAUGGAACUAGAAUACGCAAGAAUAAUGCAGCAAGAGAACGAGGCGAAACUGUUGAACGCGAGAAAACAACGACCGAAAAAAUACAAGUGCCCACACUGCCAGGUGGGAUUCUCCAACAACGGCCAGCUUAAAGGUCACAUAAGAAUCCAUACCGGAGAAAGACCGUACAAAUGUGAUGAGAAGAACUGCGGAAAGACCUUCACGAGGAACGAGGAACUGACAAGGCACAAGAGAAUUCACUCCGGCGUCCGUCCUUUCCCCUGUUCUACCUGUGGUAAGAAGUUCGGAAGAAGAGACCAUUUGAAGAAGCACACGAGGACACAUUAUCUUCAGGCUGAAAGAAUGAUGCCAGUUUUCGUCCCUCUAUCAGCCGUGCCGCAUGUCGGAUUCCCUUACCUAUACGGCUAUUAG